GCUUGGCGAGGCCCCAAGGGCAGCUGGCAAAUAGCGGCGACCCCUCGAGCCAGGGGAAGGGCCGGGCAGCGGCGAUUUGUCAGCGGGGCCGUCUGCGGCACGCCCGCACCGCGCCGCGCACCGCGGAUGCCGCGGGUUUAAAGGCGCGAGCGGCGAUGCCAAGAGCCCAGGCGCGGCCGCUGCCGCUCCGGCUCAGCCUCGGACCCCCCGUCAUCCCCUGAGCCGCUCGCACCCGCCCUGCCCCGAGCCCGCAAGCGGCAGCGCCGCGCAGGUGAUCGCGGGCACCGCGAGGCUCCGAGGGACUGAAGCUCCGGGGAGGUGACGGCGGCUCCAUGCUGGGAGCGAGUGCCACCGGCGUCUGCUUGCGCACGACCCGCCGAGCUCCGGGUGACGGGAGCAGGCGCUUCUGAUGAGUUUCCCAGAGCCCGGGAUCUGAACGCCAACGCCGCCGUGCUCCUCGCCCGUCACAGCCACCGCUGCCCGGUUCCGCUCUACCCUCCCCGAGACCUCCGAUGGAAGCCGCGUGCAACAGCAUGGCCCUCGAGAGGCUCGGGGAAGCCCUGCGCGGCACCCCGCCCCUGCAGAGCUCCCUGCUGCUCCUACUGUGCCUGCUCGCCGCCGUGCACCUGGGCAAGCUCCUCCUGCAGCGGCGGCGUCGGCGGCGGCUGGGCGAGCGCCGGGCGCCCCCGGGCCCCUUCCCGUGGCCGCUGAUCGGGAACGCGGCGCAGCUGGGCAGCGCCCCGCACCUCUCCUUCGCGCGCCUGGCCAGCACGUACGGCGCCGUGUUCCAGCUGCGCCUGGGGCGCUGGCCCGUGGUGGUGCUGAACGGCGAGAGCGCCAUCCGCCAGGCGCUCGUCCGCCAGGGGGCCGCCUUCGCCGGCCGGCCGGCUUUCCCCUCGUUCCGCCUGGUGUCGGGCGGGCGCAGCCUGGCCUUCGGCGGCUACUCGGAGCUCUGGAAGCUGCACCGCCGCGCGGCGCACGCCACGGUGCGCGCCUUCUCCACCGGCAGCCCGGCCACGCGCCGCCUGCUGGAACGGCACCUGCUGGGCGAGGCGCGAGCGCUGGUGGCGCUGCUGGUGCGGGGCAGCGCGGGCGGCGCCUUCCUCGACCCGUCGCGGGUGCUGGUGGUGGCGGUGGCCAACGUGAUGAGCGCGCUCUGCUUCGGCCGCCGCUACAGCCACGGCGACGGCGAGUUCCUGCGCCUGGUGGGCCGCAACGAGCAGUUCGGGCGCGCCGUGGGCGCCGGCAGCCUGGUGGACGCGCUGCCCUGGCUGCAGCGCUUCCCCAGCCCCGUGCGCGCUGCCUACCGCGCCUUCCGCGACCUCAACCGCGACUUCUACGGCUUCGUCCGCGGCAAGUUCCUGCAGCACCAGCGCAGCCUGCGCCCGGGGGCGGCCCCCCGCGACAUGAUGGACGCCUUCAUCCGCCUGCAGCGCGAGCAGCCGCGGCUGCAGCUCGAGCACGUGCCCGCCACCGUCACCGACAUCUUCGGCGCCAGCCAGGACACGCUCUCCACGGCGCUGCUCUGGCUCCUCAUCUUCCUCAUCAGGUAUCCAAAAGUGCAGGCUAAAAUGCAGGAAGAAGUGGACAGGAUUGUUGGGAGAGACCGCCUGCCCUGUGCUGAAGAUCAGCCUCACUUGCCCUACAUCGUGGCUUUCCUGUACGAAUCCAUGCGUUUCAGCAGCUUCGUGCCUGUUACCAUCCCUCACGCCACCACGACCAACACAUUCAUCAUGGGCUACCUCAUUCCCAAGGACACCGUCAUAUUUGUCAAUCAGUGGUCAGUGAAUCACGAUCCAGCUAAGUGGUCCAACCCAGAGGAUUUCGAUCCAACCAGAUUCCUGGAUGAGAACGGCUUCAUCAAUAAAGAUCUCACCAGCAGUGUGAUGAUUUUCUCAAUGGGGAAACGGCGGUGUAUUGGAGAGGAAUUAUCCAAGGUGCAGCUGUUUCUCUUUACUUCCAUUCUCGUGCAUCAGUGCCAUUUCACUGCUAAUCCAAAUGAGGAUCCUAAAAUGGACUACACUUACGGGUUGACCAUCAAACCCAAGCCGUUCACCUUGAAUGUCACACUUAGAGAUACUAUGGAUUUGCUUGAUAAGGCUGUCCAAAGACUGCAAGCAGAGAAAACAGCCAACGAAAAUCAGCCGUCGGCAAACACCUAAGCGCCGAGCCUUGAAAGAUGCUCCUCUCUUUUUAGAAUUACAUAAGUUAUAGUUUGCUUUGUUUUGCUGAUCUUUUUGGAAAACAGCCAACAUUGAAGGUACAAGAGCAGGAAGGAAAACUUCACAAGUCAUAAUUCAGUCCUCUUUAAUUCUAGAGGGAGAGCCAGGGGGAUGAUUUAAUGUACUAAAUGAUAAAACAUAUGCCGUUUGAAAGUAAGCCUUUCAUUUUCUUGCGUGUUCACAAAGUUGCCAUUGUAAAGCACACUUUAUCCACUGACUGGUUGGAGCAUCUCUGGAAACUGCGGGUGCAAUCCUCACCAUGUCUCCAUGCACUCUGCCUUAACUCUAAGUUUGCCUUCAGUGACUCCACAUCCCAAAGUAAAAUUCCUUAUAAAAACAAAGCAGAACACAAAAACAAGACAAUGCUUUGAACACUGCAGCCUCUCUCUGAAUUCAUUCUACUGCAACCUGCUGUAAGCAUACGGCAAGUCCCGUGUUGUGACUGCUGGUAUGUGUAUUAAUGCCUUGAGAAUAAAUGUUUAAAUGAUUUUUGGUAAAAUGCCAAUGUAAAAUCUUGCCUUUAGCUUUCCAAAGUGUUUACAUAAAUGGCUAAAAAAUUGCUUGCUUUUGAGUGCAACAUUUUAAAAUACCAUUUGUAUUUUAUGUGAGAACAAACAGAAUGUCCCAGUACAGUAACUUGUCAUUGAAGCUUGAAAAGAAAGACCAGAUUUGAUACAUCAUCAAGUGGUAAGCGUGAUAGAAUGCAUGUGCUGAUAUAUUCAUUAGUAUGAAUGAAAUAGAUAUUUGAAUUAGAAAGCUGUUGUAAAGGAAAAGCUGAACUUUGUGUCUUUCUAGCAAAGAGUAAACAACCUGUUCUUCAGCACGUAGGUAAGUCUGUUAUAGAUUCAUGUGUGCCAAGGUACGUAGAAAUAACAAUUUGAGGUUCUGCAUUGAAACCCCCAUGUCACAAGCCUCAAGUAAUGCAUGCAGCACAUACAGCCUGGCCCACUGGUCAGUCUGUUAGCUCAAGUUUAAUGCUAUUAUCCUAAAUUAACUGUAUACUUUUAGCAUGAUUUGCUUGAAACAAAGCCUCAGGAAGAAAGCUAACAUAUUGUGUCCUGAAUAACUGAGCAAAUUAAAUUGAGCAAAAAAAAAAAGAACUUCCAACUUUUUUUU